AUGCUAACGACGAAUGCUAAAGGGAGGCACGUGUCCCCGGGCUGUGGGGGUCAGGGGCCCUUUGUCUGGGGGCCAAUGGGAGAGUGGCGUGUGCCGUGGGCCAGCUAUAAAAGACGGCACACUUCUGUGAGCAGCACAAAUCCUGGAGCUACUGACUCUUCUGCUUCUCCUACUGAUACUAAAGAAUUUGAAGUCAACAUGAAGUGCCCUGCUAAAGCCCUGAAGGAGGCGCUUCAGUGCGCUCAGAGCGAGGAGCGGCUCACUGUGGGAGUGUACGAGUGUGCGCAAGUCAUGAACGAAGACCCGGACAGCGUGUCCUUCUGCGUCCUGGCUGUGGAUGAGCAGUUUGAGUGGGACGUGGCUCUUCAGAUCCACUUCACUCUCAUCCAGUCCUUCUGCUUCGACAACGACAUCAGCAUCGUGCGCGUGAGCGACCGCCAGCGUCUGCAGGAGCUGGUGGGGCGCACAGAGGAGGACGCUCACUGCGUGCUGAUCAGCGGCCCGUGUGAAGGCGCAUGGGACGAGCCGUCUGUGGAGAAGCUGCGCAUGUUCUGUGAAGAGAGGCGCGCGCUCAACGACUGGGUUCCUGAGAUCAGUCUGCCCGAGCGCUGA